AUGGCGCCCAAAAAUGUUGGCGUAUUACUGUGGCAGCUACAAUCUGGGUUGGGAAGCCGCCCUAGGGACAGUGAGGCUGAAGCUGCCUUGGACUGCUUGCCGCCGGAAACACUAGUCUGCAAAUAUGAAAGCCCUUCUCAGAUGGAAGCUGCAGCCCGCUCUGUUGAUGAUGGCGGGUACUGUGUAUUCCUUGAUGUCCCUGAAAGAAUUGUAUUCAAUGAGCGCAGACAAAUGGGAAUAAAGAGGACCGAGUACUUUGACAAGCCUGCUAUUUCUAUUGCCAAAAUGGUAACGCGUCCCCAUGAAGUCGUCACGGAUUGGCUUAUACACGAGAUUCAAGAAAAAAUGAGAGAUAUGGGGAUGAGAUACCUCACAUAUCUUUCGAAUGUUGGUCGUGCAAAAAUCCAGCACAAGGAGCCAGACUGUGCUCUACUGCCGCGAAAUCUCCCUUCUGGAAGAACCAACGAAUGGCCAACUCUGGUUGUGGAGAUUGGGAAGUCAGAGAGUGAAGUUGCUCUUGACAGGGAUGCUAGGAAUUGGAUUUGGAAGUCUGGUGGUGAUGUUAAGGUGGCCAUCACUGCCGAGGUCUCUCGAAGCAAACUCACUGUUCGGAGAUAUGGGCGCUCUGGAACAAGAGGAGUAGGUGUGCUUCAGACAAUCACAGUGAAUAAAAGCGGCCAGAGCCCAAUUCGCGUAACCGGCGACCGCCUGCGAAUCCCCUUUGAGGAUCUCUUCCUUCGAACCCCAGCGAGAAACCAGGGCGAUUUUAUAUUCACCGAGACUGAGCUGCAGGAUUGGGCCGAGUUUGUUUGGGAACACUUCUAG